GUCAGGCUGUGCCGGUCAACCUACGCCAAGGGGUUGGAGGAAACCUCCCGCCGCGCAUCCCUUCUCCACCUUCCAAUCGAUAGUUGCGACAGAUCGCGAGGAACGAAAGGCUUCGACGCGAAGGCGCAACUCUUGAAUCUCUUGUUGAUGAAUGCUACUCGUACUAUUUCCGGAUAAUGUGCAAAAACUUACGGUUAGCCCUACCGCACGAUAUCGUCAUUUGGGCAUCUUAGCAUCUGAAGGCGAAUUCCUCUCGAGAAUCAACCAUUUCUGCAGGUCCUUGCUCAUUUUGGAUUAUCCAAAGUAAAUCUUUAUCAUUCAGCGGCAAUCUUUGUUUUUAUUAUCAGUUUUCUCUGAUCUCUAUGGAUGUUGCCGCUCUUCGAACUGUGUCUAUUGCUUAGAAAGAUUAUGCAAGCUUGUUUUCAAUCAAGGAUAUGACAUCCAUGGGUACAUGACGCUCUCGUAGUACUUGAACUCUUGAUCUAUUGACUGUUCACACUUCGUUUUAACCAUGGGGAUAUUUGCUCGAAGAUAUCCCAAUCCGGUGUUUGUCGACUUAGGACAUGCUUAACCUUAGCAUCCGUUGGUAGCCUUUGGAACUCUUUUCAUGAUAAGAAUCCAUAAUUGGGGUUAGACGUUUUACAUUUGUGCCUGACUGCCAUAAUUGGAACUCUCUGCUUUCCAAGCUCAUGACUAAAUGAUAAUGUUUGGGUUAUAGUUGAUGCUCAAGCUGAUUUACGACUUUGUUACCUAUGUUUGAUAUUAUCAAGAUUUAUGAAAAGACCAUUUGACCAGACACCAAAAUAAUGCUUCUGAUGUAUGUUCAAUAUCAAACAUGCUUUUUGACAAUUAGUUGAAACUAUGCUGUGGUAAAAUCAUGACUAAUUGACUGAAUUUUUACUAGUUCUCUCUAUUCACCCAAUAUCAAAAUUGGUUGGCACAUUAGUGGAAUUGAGUUCCAGCAUAAGAUCAAACAUUCUUGUCCUUGAUUUUAGGCUCUAGUUCAUUGAAUCAUAAUAUUUUAAUAUCAUGCUAAAGUUGGAUGUUUAUAGUGCAGUUUCUGAUUAGUUGAUUGGAAUGAUCCCUUUCCCCAUUGUCUUAAUGCAGCCAAAGGCCCUUUUUUGUUGUCAUCAUCAAGAGGUAUGAUCAUCUUGAUAUCUUUUAUAAGUACCUGAUCUUAGUUCUAAUUAAGAAAAAUGCUUGUGAAAGCUCGAUAAUAGCCAGCGUGAGCGUCUUCUUUUCCUACAGAAAUUUGGCAAGCAAUAAUCCGUACUAAUGAAUGGCUUUAAUAGCUGAUUUUACUCAAUUCUUUGUCUAUUGUCACCAGUAAUUGAUGUGCACUGUUAGUCCACAAACUUCUGGACAGAGAUCUAAUUGUUGUUGCAUAUCGGUGAACCUGGGAUAGAGGUCCAGUGAUUGAUGUGACAUAGAAGGGCAAAGUACAAAAUUACAGUAUUAUUGGAGAAUUCAAUGUUGCAAUUUGCAUGCACAAGAUUUUCUGAAGCAGUGUUUGUGGCCUCUUCGAAAAGGGGAGUAUUUUGCCUUUAAACAGUGGAUAGAUCCCCUAAUGGUCUUCUGAUCGCUUGAAAUGUUCGAAGGAACCCUGUGAUGCAUUGAAGCAAAAGAGGAGUCAUCCAUUGCAGUAAUUGUUGUUAGCAAAGUUUUUGAGGGCAAGUAGCCAUCCAUCACAGCCACUGUGAACAGCUUGAGCUCGUUGGAUUCUCGUUGGAACCUGGCGGCUGCGAUUUCCGUGACCUAUCUUUCAGGUUCCUCAUCUUGUUCAAUGUGAAAGCUUAUUUUGUUCGUUGUCUUUGUCAACGCACGCCAGGGGAGACAGCUCAGAGUUCGUUCGAUGGAUUGGUCAGACCGCAACAAGAAGCUAUGAAGCCAUAGCAUAUCCUGGGUUCAGGAGGAGGAAGGGAGAGCAGAUGGAGAAGAGUCAGAAGAGUAGCCACAGGAGCCUCCCCAAGAGGAUCAUACUGGUGAGGCAUGGGGAGAGCCAGGGGAACCUGGACAUGGCGGCUUACACCACGACGCCGGACUACCGGAUUCCGCUCACGGUGCUGGGCGUCGAGCAGGCCCGCGAUGCAGGGGAGCGGAUCUGCCAGGUGGUGUCGGAGGGCGGGCGGGCGGCAGCGUGGAAGGUGUACUUCUACGUGUCGCCCUACGAGCGCACGCGGUCGACGCUGCGGGAGAUGGGUCGGGCGUUCCCCCGGAAGAGGAUCAUCGGGGUGAGGGAGGAGUGCCGAAUCCGGGAGCAGGACUUCGGGAACUUCCAGGUGGAGGAGAGGAUGAAGGCCAUCAAGGAGACGCGGGAGCGCUUCGGUCGCUUCUUCUUCCGCUUCCCGGAGGGCGAGUCCGCCGCGGAUGUCUUUGACCGGGUCACAAGUUUCAUGGAGUCGCUGUGGAGAGACAUCGACAUGCGGCGGCUGGAGCAGGAGGACAACACCAACGUGAAUCUGGUGAUCGUGUCGCACGGCCUGACCUCGAGGGUAUUCCUGAUGAAGUGGUUCAAGUGGACGGUGGACGAGUUCGAGCGGCUGAACAACCCCGGCAACUGCGAGAUCAGAGUGAUGCAGCUGGGCCCGGGCGGUGACUACAGCCUCGCCAUCCACCACCAGCCGGAAGAGCUGCAGCGGUGGGGGCUGUCGCCGGAGAUGAUCGCGGAUCAGCAAUGGCGGGCCACGGCCGUGCGCGGCCGCUGGUACGACAGCUGCCCCUGGCACCUGGACAACUUCUUCCACCACCUCAAGGACUCCUCGGAGGACGACGAAUCCUCGGACGAGCGCCGGAGCGCGUGAUGCAUGUGGAGUUGGCGUUUCCAAAUCGAUGGACGGUUGCCUGUGGACGCCUUGGCGUUUCCGAGUCCAUGGAGAAUUACCCGUCCUCCUCGGGCACGCGGUUGGAGACAAGUGGCGCAGACAACUCCCCCUUCAGUCCUCUGGCACCGGUACAUCCCGCCGCUUCCCCUUUGAUGCUUUGGUACAUCCCCGGGGGGAUGUACCGCAAUGAGGGAGACAGUGGCGCGUUCCUACCGACACGUGUCAGAUUGAUUGCGAAUUAGAGAGAUAAAAAAUAAGACUUUUGGUCGGUUCAAUUCAUCGGAUCGUUUUCUUCAA